AUGUGGUUACUGCGGGGACCAGAUGUUCUUGCAUCAUGCAGGCAUAUCUAUGCUUCUCAUCGACCAAGCUAUCGGUUCUUUGCAACCCGAUCUUAUGAGCCUCUCCGUAUUCUCUUCUGUGGCUCCGACGAAUUUAGUAUUGCCUCCCUGAAAGCCCUCCAUGCCUACCACUUAAAGCAACCUAGUCGAAUUGCCUCAAUUGAUGUUGUAUGCCGACCAGGCAAACGAGUUGGCAGAGGCCGGAAGACGAUUCGAGAAGUCCCUAUCAAGGAGGUAGCAUCCUCUCUUUCGCUGCCAAUUCAUGAAAUCGAUACUUUCACAGGAUGGACACCACCAGUCACGUCGAAUGGACCUGUCAACUUGAUUAUUGCCGUUUCAUUUGGACUUUUUGUGCCUCCACGUAUCUUGAAUGCCGCUAGCUACGGAGGUUUGAAUGUGCACCCCUCAUUACUUCCAGACUUCCGUGGCCCAGCCCCGUUGCACCAUACUCUUUUGGCUGGUCGAACCACUACUGGCGUGACAUUACAGACACUACAUCACAAGAGCUUUGAUCAUGGGACAAUUCUUUCCCAAACGCCAUGCCCUGGGUUUGAAAUUCCCAGCCCUGACUCUUGCACUGUUCCCGAAUUGGUGGAUCUUGUUGCACCCAGGGGAGCUCAAAUACUGGUGAACGGUAUUGAUGACGGCCUUUUUGUGCCACCACUCAAGGAUGCCGGAUGGCGUGCUGCCGAGGGCACUGAUGACCUUAUCCACGCCGGUAAAAUCAAGCCAGAAGACCGAUACAUUGACUGGGCUAACUGGUCAUUGCUUGACAUCAAACGGCGCAACACGGUUCUUGAGUCUCUGUGGAGCAAUGUACUUGUCCCGGUCAAUGAUGCAGAUGGAUCUACAUCUUUCCAGUACAAGCGUGUGAUUUUCACGGAUAUUGAAGAAGUUGAACCGCCCAAAGGAAGUGAAUGUUUUGCGGUUGUUCCAGGGCUGCCAUUUGCAAAUGCUGCCCAUCCUGUUGGGCCAAAAAAGGGAAGAGAACUCUACGUCUUUACUAAGGAUGGCAAGGCUCUGCGCAUCAACAGGAUGAAAGUCCAGGCAGAGGCAGAUGCCGAGGGGCUUCGUGCUGCGAUCAAGGCUCGCAUGUUUGGUGAUCAGUCUUUCCAGUCGGAGGGCAUGGUCUUUACCCCAUUCCGUAAUCCUCUGUCAUAA